CAGCAACAGAAGGCUGUUGGAGCGCAGAGAAAGUAGGAAUCCUUCCACUCAGACUCAGAGGACAUGGCUGGGAGGAAAGCUGUCUUGUUCAACUUCUGGGGAGUUGCUGUCUCUUCCCGACCUGAAUCUGUUUACUGCAAGCUGGAAAAGUUGCACAACCUGCCAGGAGGUUUUCUGAGAAGUGUGACGUCCCUCAAGGAUGGCGCCAUGAGGAAGGCAGAGAGAGGCGCCAUGACACUUUCUCAGAUGAUCCCAGCGCUGGAGGCCGAGUGUGUGAAGGAGGCUGAGGUCAGGGGCGUGACUCUGCCCUCUGGUUGGUCGGUGGGAGGCCUGCUGGAGGAGGUCCGAGAGGCGAUGCUGGACGUCCAAGUAGCCGUGCUGAAGACGGCCGCCAGUCUGCGUCGCAGCGGAUUACUCACAGCCGUGCUGGCCAACCACUGGCUCGAUGACAGUGCGUCUGGACACGGCCCCGCCGGCCUCCUCUCGCUGCUGGGCGGCCAUUUUGACCUGGUGCUCCAGUCAUGCCGCUCGGGUCACCGGGUGCCCGAGGCAGCCAUGUUCAGCUCCGCUCUGCAGCACUUGGGAGUGACGCCACAACAGGCUAUGUGGUUGGAUGCAGACAAUGAGGGCGUGAAGGCGGCAGAAGGAGCAGGACUGAAGGCCAUGCUGGUGGAAAACCUGGAUGCCGCUCUGGUCAAACUGGCUGAUUUCACUGGAGUUCAGGCCGUCGGAGCAGAGAGUCCUCCACCGUCUUGCAACCCCGACCAAGUGUCUCAUGGAUACGUCAACAUCAGCCCUGGUGUCAGGACUCACUUCGUGGAGAUGGGCUCCGGCCCACCGGUCCUGCUGUGUCACGGCUUCCCUGAGAGCUGGUACUCCUGGAGGUACCAGAUCCCCGCCUUGGCAGCAGCAGGGUUCAGGGUGUUGGCUCUGGACAUGAAGGGAUAUGGAGAGUCCACGGCGCCCCCUGACAUUCAGGAAUAUUCUCAGGAGCAGCUUUGUAAGGAUUUAAUCACAUUUUUGGACAAAAUGUCGAUCCCACAGGUCACCCUAGUGGGCCACGACUGGGGCGGCUUCCUGGUGUGGACCAUGGCCCAGUACUUCCCCGAGAGAGUCAGGGCUGUAGCCUCUCUGAACACUCCCCUGUUCCCGGUGGAUCCUAAAGUUUCUCCUGCAGAGAAACGGAAGGCCAUUCCCAUAUUUGACUACCAGAACUACUUCCAAAAACCAGGUGUAGCCGAGGCCGAGCUGGAGAAGGAUUUGGAGAGAACGUUCAAGAUUUUCUUUUACAGUGGCAGUGAAGAGGAGAGUCGUCCUGCUGUCAGCACUGCAGGAGUCUGCGCUCGAGGCGGUCUGUUUGUGGGUGUGCCGGAGAAGCCUCCCAGGAGCUCCAUGCUGUCGGAGGAAGACCUGCAGUACUACGUCGACCUGUUCAAAGAGAGAGGCUUCAGGAGGCCCUUGAACUGGUAUCGAAACGAUGACGAGAACUGGAAGUGGAUGUGCUCCCGACCCACUGGCAAGCUGCUGAUGCCAGCGCUGAUGGUGACGGCAGGUAAAGACAUCGUGCUGCUGCCGGCCCUCUCAAAGGGAAUGGAGGACUUGAUCCCCAACCUGAGCAGAGGACACAUCGAAGAGUGUGGACACUGGACUCAAAUGGAUAAACCAGCAGAGACAAACAACAUCCUGAUAUCAUGGCUGAAAGAGACGCACAUGAAGGCUGGAGGGGUUACCAUGGCACCCAAACUGUGAGGACAGACAGAGGACGGAGUAAAUGAAGCUAACUGAUGAUUAAUCAAAUAACCAAAAGUUUAUUUAAGUUAAAAAUUAACAGUCGGAACAGAAUUCUGCAGUGACUGAGUGAACAUGAAUUGAAUCAAGAGCGAGUUAACACACAAACAAUGACAAUAACAAAAACAGGAUCAAAUCACCUGAGAGAAAAACAAUAGAAAUGUCCUCAUAUUACACUUUUUUUCUCUCCUGAAACUGCCAUAAAAUAACAUGAUUUUAUCUUAAAAUUACAACGUUUUCUCUAAAUAUUAAACAUAUUUUCUGUUAACAAUGUGACUCAAAAUAUCAUUAUAACCAGAUUUUUUUUUUCUGCAAAUAAUGUUUUUCUACUAAUAAACUGAAUGCUUUCUGAA